UUGCACAUGUGGACUUGUGGUUAUCCUCAUCCGCAGACACUGUGGGCUUUUACACAAACUUUUCAAAGCAUUUGCAGGAAGUUAUGAACCAUAUGCAUCUAAGCCUGCAAGCCCACCUAAAUAGUUGAUAGGGGGAUGGUAGUGUUUUUAUUCGAAAGCCAUUUGCACACCACAACCAGAGGAGGUGUCUCUCAUUUGAACAUUAUGUAAUGAGCUUGGAUGAUUAGCUGAUCUUUUCUUUGAUAUGGCAUCUUGUGAUCCAAAAUAAACACCAUCAUCAGCUGUCUCCUUAAGAACAUCUGCAGGUUACCAUGGCCACAACCGUGUCUGCUAUUGUUUCUUCCAGUGGAGUAAGUGAGAGUCCAACCAUAGAAGACUUAACAAGGUCAACUACACUAUCCUACACCGAUACCGUCAGCGUAACCUCCCCAGAAUACGACUACCCGGAGGAGGGCUUUGACUCGUGUGCGUAUGGGCGCCAUGGAGCCAACUUUCUUCCAACCCUUUACGCCAUUUUCUUUCUCCUGGGCUUUCUGGGUAACUCUCUGGUCAUCUGGGUCAUUACUUGUGGCGUGCGACUCCGCAGUAUGACCGACGUGUGCCUCUUAAACUUGGCUGGUGCUGACCUUCUCCUGGUGUGUACGCUACCCUUCCUGGCCCACCAAGCCUGGGACCAGUGGGUUUUUGGGGAUGCUAUGUGCAAAGUGGUCCUGGGUAUAUAUCACAUUGUCUUUUACUGUGGGAUCUUUUUCAUCAGCCUAAUGAGCAUCGACCGCUACUUGGCUAUUGUGCACGCCGUUUACGCCAUUAGAGCAAGGACAAGGUCCUUUGGAAUGAUCGCUGCUGCCGUUACUUGGGUGGCAGGAUUUUUGGCAUCCUUCCCUGACCUGAUCUAUCUCAAACAGCAGCCUGGUCCCAAUAUGUCUCAGUCCUGCUUCCCAGUGUAUCCAGAAGAUGUCGGUCACUCUUGGAUGAUCUUCAGUGUUUUUAAAAGGAACGUUUUGUGUCUAUUUGUCCCGGUUGUUAUCAUUAGUUUCUGCUACUCACAGAUUGUGUGGAGGCUUCUGCACAGCCAAUCAUCAAAGAAACGAGCCAUCCGUUUAGUUCUUACAGUGGUAGCGGUUUUCUUUUGCUGCUGGGUCCCGUACAACGUUGCGUCUUUCUUCAACGCGCUGGAGCUAUUGCACAUCUACACGGAAUGCGAAAGCAGCAAAGCCAUCAGAUUGGCUUUGCAAGUCACUGAGGUAAUUGGCUACUCACACAGCUGCCUCAACCCCAUCCUGUAUGUGUUUAUCGGGCAGAAGUUCAGGAGGCACCUGUUGAGGUUGAUAAACAGGAUUCCCUGCAGGCUGUGUCAGUUGGUCAAGGUCUGAAUGCACCACGACGAAAACAGCACGUCAAUGUACUCACAGAGCAUGAGCCUGGACGAGAGGAGUGCUGCUGUCUGACGUUUUCCUCUUAUUACCCUGUUAACGGCAGAGACACAAGCGUGGUCUUAUGGUAUCGUGAUGUUAUGAUAGUGGCUUUACAUGAAAGCAGACAUAUGAUAUUUUCCUGCACAUCUAUAUAGCUUUACAUAUUUGUUAAUAACAUAAGCUAAAAAUUGUAUGUAUUAAGGAAUUGUAAAAUUAGUUUUGGAUAUGCAUGGUAAACACGCAGCUGGCUGAAGCUCAGUAAGAAAGAGCAGAAACUGUGUUGACUAAAACAACUUUCAACAGCUUCAGAAGCCAGAGCAACCUCAUUCAGUCAUCAGCCGCGGAAAUACCCCCCCCCCCCCAGCAAGGCAAAAAACUUUUGAUAACAAAUAAGUGAGUUGGAUCAAAUAUGACAUCACCUUUCUCAGAAGUGAAUAUGUUUUCAAAACCAAAGUGUGCAGAGUAAAAGAUCCCCAGUGCAGCUGGAAAGGUUAAUGUGGAAAGUUUCAUAGCAUAUGUAACUGCAGAUUUGCACAUUUGAACUCAACCUAGAGAAACCGAAACCUGCCGACAGGAAGAAGUACACAACCACGCUGUUGUUUUAACCUUUGCAGGCUCUGUGCAAAAAAGUUAAAGUUAUAUAAAUAUAAAAUAUAUGUAAUAUUUCUGCUGAUAUUCAGCUUACAAAACCAGGCCAUUUUUUAGAUCAAUAUCUUCUAUAUGCUGUUAGGCAGAGUGACUUAGCAUCCUAUUCAAUUGAUUCACAGUUAAUUAAAGAAGUAGUAGGCUCUCUAACCCCAUCAAAUCCAUAGAGAUGGGAUUAGAAGGUUACUGAACACGCAGAGGGUCAAAGUUUCUUUCUUCCUCAGAGUUUUUGCAGAGAAGCAUCACAUUGUGAGCAUCUGUUGUCUUUGAAUUUAUCAAAGCAACAGUGCUGGUGUAUGCAGACCGAGUGAACAAACACAGUAGGAUAUUGAAUAAAUUCAGUAUUGUUGAAGUUGAGUUCAAUAUGUAUGAAAUUCGUUUUAAUAAAAUUGUUCUCUUGAAAUACCACA